GAAAGAAUAAGGAUAAUUCAUGAAAACAAACUCCUGAGAUGGCUUCACUCACUAUCAAUGCCCCAGGGGGCGGAUUCCUCUACUCUAACUCGCGAAACGCGCGUCUCAUCAUCACUGCUGAAACCCCAGACUUCGAUACCGAGUUCGUCCAGGCAUGGUCAAAGGAGGGAUUCAACACAAUCUACAUCCCUUAUCAUGAAGACGAAAAGGAGUAUAUUCGUCGCCUGAUGGCGGUCAAAGAGGGUCUCAGUGUUGGCGACAACUACGGUGUUAUCGCAUUCGGUGACGCCGCCGCAUUCUGUCUCGAUUACUAUCUCAAACCGAAUAAUGUCAGUCGCCUGUGCGCGCUCAUCUGCUACUAUCCUACCAGCAUCCCCGACAUUCGGUCGCGAUACCCGCCGUCGGUGCAGAUACUAACACACCUCGCUGGCGAUACCAUUGACGUCGUCACGACGCCGACCCUUCUGGGACUCCAGGGCAAGAAGAAGAGAUCGACCAGGCGUAUCAACCCCGGAAUCGGGACGGGAGAACUCCUCGACAUCGGACACCGCGCGUACACUUACUCGGACGCCCAGCCGGGUUUUGCGGAAGUAGACCUGGAUGAGUACCACCGGCUAGAUGCAGACCUCGCCUUUACGCGCACGCUUGAAGUACUGCGCAAGGCGUACGGUCGGGAGGGUGAUCUGGAGCAGCCGUGGGAGGAGCAUUUGCAGGGCAAGUUCUUCUCCAUGAAUCUUAGCGAUACAAUGUCCCACUACACCAAGAACCUUACCCCCACUGCCACCUAUGUCCCAACCCUAAGCGGCGCCACGGGCUCCCGCGCCCUCCGUCGGUUCUACGAUCAGUAUUUCCUCCACAAACUGCCUCCUUCAAUGCAUCUCCGCCUAAUCUCGCGCACCGUCGGUGCUGAUCGCGUCGUCGACGAGCUGUAUGUCUCCUUUGAACAUACGCAAGAGAUCCCCUGGAUGCUCCCCGGCGUUCCUCCCACGAACCGCAAAGUCGAGAUUGUUCUCGUCAGCAUCGUCAGCAUGCGCGCGAAACAGCUUUACUCGGAGCAUAUCUACUGGGAUCAGGCUAGUGUUCUAGUGCAGGUGGGCCUGCUUGACCCGAAGCUUGUGCCGAAGGAGACGCAGGAGAAGGGUGUUGAUCGGUUGCCUGUUAUUGGGCGCGAGGCUGCGAGGAGAAUUUUGGAUGAGGACCCGGAGGUAGAGGAGCCAGAGUUUCAUAAUCGGUUGAUCAGAAGGUCGAGGCAGAGGAGGGAGAGUGGUAGGGUUGCCGAGAGCUCGGUGCCGCAGUCGCCCAUUGUGCAGUCUGAGGCGGAGGGGUCUGGGCCGAAGAAGGGGAAGAGGGCCGGUCCUCAAAAUGGGGAGCAAAAUGGGGAGAAGAGUGGCAUUCAGGCUGGGGAUGAUGGUGAAGGGUUGAAGGAUGGUCAAGAGGAUGGGGAUGCCCACAACAGCCAUGUUGAAGAGCGGGACGGAGCUGAAAACAAGAAGGACCAGGAGAAGGACAAGAACGAGCUCAACUCUGAAUCUAAUUAGUGACUGCAUACCCCAAAACACUUCCUCAGGAUUUUAUAUACCCUUUUAAUGAUGUCUCUGACACUUUUCUGACAUGAGCUUAUGUUGCCUUUAGCCUGACUUACUAUCCGCAUCUUAGUAUUUGCAAUGAUUCAAUUAAUUCAUUAUUCACUGA